AUGGUUCCAAACAACAACCGCAAGGCUCAUUCCAACAAAGGAAAAGGCAAGGCCACCUACCGCAAAAAAUACGGCCCUACCCCGGAGGAGGAUGCGGCAGUGAAGGCAUUCUUUGCUAAGUCUCCGAAAAGAGAGACGCAGAAGGCCGGCGAGCAGUCAUACCAGGCUGCAGACCACGAAACCUCCAAGGCCAAAAUGGAGAAUCCGCUUCCUUUGGGCAACAAGGGCCUAGCGGGCUCCUGCUUUGCAAAGAAGGAGGACCCGAAGGACUGA